CGGCGAUUAUUACAAAUUUCUUUCGUCAAUUCGUCCGUUUGAAAGUCGGAGACGGCAUAGCCCAGAGCAUCGACACAGUAGUAUUUUCCAAUUUGAUGCAGCUGUACUUCCUCGUAAUUUCCAUUUGUGCUGCAGACUGCUGCCGUUCACACACCGCAUACUCUCUCGUCGCUCGUGCAAUUGUCGUAGUGAAGUAACAAUAAGACACCGACAGCCAACUACUCGAAACGAUGGAUAAGCAGACGUCUGUCAGCCAGCAACAGGCACAAACGGGACCAAAGGUCUCUCAAAUUGCGAAUUUAUUUCAACGGCGUCCGCAAGAGCCACCGCCCGACGUUCCCAACAACAUUGCACCCGCGUCGCCGCCGUCGUCACACGUUUUGCCGAACAAGGAAAAUCCGUCGCCCGCCAGUGCUGUCGUGCGAACGGAAUCGCAUGCGGCACGUUUUAAUCACGCACGAGCUUUGUUCGAGCGUCUCGGCGAAGGUCGCGUCAACGUGCAACAAACAACCGGCUUCAGUAUUAAACAUUCCAACAGCAAAGACGAGAAUUUGCGGGAUUUGAGUCCCGAGGGGAAUGCGGAGAACGCUCGUUCGCCCUCGCCCAAAAUUAAAUACGUCAAAAUCACAAACGGCGUCAGCAAAAUUGACACGAGCAAAAUUCACAACAUCUCGCGCAUCAAAAUGGAGAAGCCCGAAAAGCCGGAAAAGCCUGAAAGGAAAUUUAAUUCGCGCGAAUUGAUCGAGAAACAAAAGAACUGGACAUCACAUUUCUCCAAAACGAAGGCGACGACAAAGUAUCAUUGUGAUAUCAUUCGACCGAUGGCAGGUCCGACGCAGCAAAAACCCAAAUCGGUCGAUUAUGCCGACUCGCAAGCGGUAAAAACGUCUCCAGUUAAGACUUCAUCACAAUCUUUCGAUAGCACGACCGAAAAUGUCGCCAAUAAUCGCGAUGACUCGCCAGUGACGGUAACAAAGCCGCCUCCAUUGUCCAAAAAACCUCAAAUCACGAUGAGUCCCACUCGCAUCUCGCCGAUCAAAAAGAACGAAAAUGUUGUGCCACCAGCGCCGCCACAUCGUCGUGACUCCCUGCGAGAUUCGCAAUCGAACAACAUCACAACUAACGGCACCGGAAUGAAUGGAAAUGCUGCCACGGAGAACAAUCAUCGCAAAGCAAGUCUCACGUCGGAAGACACGUACGUCACGAUCCAACAGAACAAAGAAGCUCCCGUUUUGCGACGCAAUUCCUCGUCGACGUCAGAAAAGCUCGCGGAACCCGUGUCACCCGGAAAUCCGAUCAGUUCGUCACCCAGCCCGGGCGUCAGUAUUGCUUCGGAUCCCGCAAGUCCCGUUCACACCGAAGAGGAAAAGCAGGAAAACGAAGAAUUGGAAAAAGUCGAACAACUUCCGGAUGAGGAGCCAAUUAACGAGCUACAAGAAACAAAAAAUGAUGACAAUGAGCAGAAUGACGACGAGCAGGAAGUUGGUGGCAUCAAACGUACUCUCAAUGCGACAACAACAGCCGCCGACACAAAGCCGGUAGUAAUUUCAUGUUUGCCAACAUCGAUGACAAUAACGAACAACAGGGAGCCAAGUGUUGCCGGUAGCAUUGUGUCAGCAGAUGAGGGCGGUUUCAACGAACCGUCGCCCGAAAUCAAAGCCAAACUAAAGCCCGUCUACCAAUUUGACAUUCAGAGUCCGCCACUGCCUCCGUCGCCGCCUGCCCGAACCGCCACAGCAACUGUCAUUCCGCCGCCAAUUCCCCUCACGGACAACGACACCAAUAAUCUCGAGAGUCCCGUUGACCUGAAUUACGUCGAUGUUGUCGUCAAUGGAUCGCGAUCCUCAUCCGCGAGCACCGUUUCGAACAACAAAACGUUGUAUGCCUCCAUCAAACCGGAAAUUCCGUCACCGCCAGAAAUGCUGCUCGAAAAAGAGAUUAAGCACGAAGCCAAAUUGCUCGAUACGGACGACGGAUGGUCGUCAGGAGGAGAACCUGUUACGGUACGAGAAAGAUCUUUCAUUCCCAUGAGGGCGGACGAAAGUUCAGGGCUGGAUUUGCCAGAUAUGGAAUAUGUGGAUGCCAGUGAGCCCGAAGAGGAGCCAAAUAAAGUUGAUGCGAUGACAGCUGAUGAAGCGGAGAAGUUAUUAAGCUCAAAGAUUGUCGAAAGUCGACUCAGACAACAAGUCAUUCUCUCCGACGAACAAGCACGCGAAGUAGAGCAAAUUCUCAGUAGAAAAGCAUCCGUUGAGUCUCCAGAUCGUUCGGAAAGCUCAGUGAUCGUAAAAGAUGAUACUCCGCCAACCCCUCCGCCACACCAAAAUCUCAUUAACGGCCACGAUAUCUCCAGUAAGACAAAUGAAUCGUCCGUUCUGGGCACAGAUAGUCUCUUGCAAGACUCCACGAUGAACGAAACGAGCCAAGAUGUGCUAAAUCAAACGAUUAAUUCGACACUUAAUGGCUCGGCACUCGAUACGACGCAAGAAGUGACGAUAAAUGAAGCCAGCUCUUCCGUGAAAAUUAUUCUUGAUAAUUCGAAUACGCCUGAAGAACUCGCCAAAAUGAAUUAUCCGCCAGUGCAGAAAACAGUAGUUCACGUGGAUGACAAAGGAGUUCACUUCUUUGACGAUGGCAAUUUUUGGAUGGAGGUAGAAGGUCUCUUGGAUUCCGAUAAGGAAGACGAUGAGGAGUUUGCGUUGAUGUUUCCGGUUCAUGUGAGGAAAAAGACCCGCGUUAAGUUCAGUACGGAGCCGAUGAAAAUUUUUUCCACAUUUUCUGUCAACGAAUACGAUCGACGGAAUGAGGAUGUGGAUCCGGUGGCUGCUUCGGCGGAAUAUGAGUUGGAAAAACGCGUUGAAAAAAUGGACGUCUUCCCAGUUGAACUUAUGAAAGGUCCUGAGGGAUUAGGAUUGAGCAUUAUUGGAAUGGGCGUCGGAGCUGAUGCAGGCUUAGAAAAACUUGGAAUCUUCGUCAAAACCAUCACCGAUAACGGAGCAGCAGCUAAAGAUGGCAGAAUUCAAGUAAACGAUCAAAUAAUCGAAGUCGACGGCAAAAGUCUCGUUGGCGUAACGCAAGCCUAUGCCGCCUCCGUGCUCCGUAACACUUCGGGCCUUGUCAAAUUCCAAAUUGGUCGUGAACGUGACCCACAAAACUCCGAAGUCGCCAUGCUCAUCAAGCAAAGUCUCCAGGCCGAUCGCGAAAAGGAGGAACGUUAUCGACGCCAACAAGAGGAAUACAUUCGUCGAACGUCUGUGCAAUCGGAGGACAGUACGUUGCCGGUGUCAGCGAAUACGAGCAUCAGUGAGGAUCCCUUGAGUCCGACGGUGCAGCAAGUAGCUGACGCUGUCUUCGCCGAACGUGAUAGCCAAAAUAAUUCCAGUUCAAGUGACGUCGAGUCACUCAAGAGACUUUUGCAAGAGAACCACAAACUUAUAACUGUGCAUGAAGAUGAGUUGCUCAGGUUGCGACAACAGUUGAUCAAAUAUCAAGCAUCUUGCAAUGAGACUGAAGCACUUGCGGAGCGUCUCAAGACCGUGGAGACUGAUUUGUCAAAUAUUAAGCGAGAAGCGAAUAAUUAUCAGAAUAUGUUGCAGCAAUCGCAGGAGCAGUACGGAACGUUGGAGAAGAAAUAUAACAAAGCGAAACGAUUGUUACGCGAUUUUCAGCAACGGGAACGAGAUAUGAUUCAACUCCACGAAUUUUACGUGCAAAAUCUGCAGGAGAAAGACACCGAAUACAACGCUCUCGUGAAAAAAUUAAAAGAUCGUGUCAUCACGCUAGAACAAACGCUGCAAGAGACCCAACAAAAAGCCGGUCUGCCCAUCACAUUGCCAUACGAUUCUGCUAGUCUAAAGUUAACGCCUCAAAUGAGUCGUCGCGAGCCCCCCAAGCAAUUCCUGCAAAAACUGGAAACGGAUUUUUCCGACACUGAGAUCUCAGAUUUGUCGCCCGAUGCGGAAGAUGGCGACGGCAAAACCGCCACUGUCGAACGCAAAAUGCCGGCACCACAAAAUAGCAAUAGCAGUAAGGACGACGACUUGGAUUCGGUUGUGCCACAACAUCAGUUGCUCGAUAAUUCGGUGAACAAGACAAAAAAGGAGUUGGCAUCACGGAUGAAUCGAGCGUUGCCAUCCGGGAAGAAGAGUCACAGUAACAGCGGUUCGUCAGAUGCCCUCGACGAGAUUGACGACAACAUGAGUGAUACGAAUUCUAACGUCGUUUCGACGGGCGCCGUUGACGAUGUCAUCGAUGAAGUCGAGGAGGAAGUGCAGUACAGCCUCCCGACGUUCAAUAAAGUGCAGACACCGCCAAAUGUGGCAGCGUUAUAUGCGCAAGUGUGCAAGGAACGAACGGAAAUUGCGAUGCAAGCGCAACAAGCGCGCAAAAAUCACUCGACAAUUCCCAAUAUUUACCGCAAUCCACAUUCCACGAGUUACGAUAGCGAGCUAAAUGCAUCGUACGACAGCGAUUUGGGAUCUUCCACCGACAAAUUGGAUGAAGAGAUGAACAGUUCUGACAGUUGGAUGUAUCCGAGUCGCAAUAAGGGAAAAGGAUUGAAGGGAAUUAAUCCGCCGUCGUUGGCGGAACAGUUGAAGGAACGUCUCGCGGAACGGGAAGGCAAACGUCUCAACGAAGAUGGGUCGUCACGAGACUCCAGCGAUGAUUAUAGCGAAUUAAAUAGGACACCAAGUGCGGCAGCGUUACUCUCACACAGUUUGUUGCAAGAAAUUAAGAUGGCCGUAAAUGAAGCGCAACCAAAAGUCAAACAAGUACUUCCUCAAACAUUGUCCCCACCGGGCACGACACCAUGGACACAACAUCAAAGAGAUCAACCCUCGCCGACGAGCAGUCUCUCGUUGGGUUCCAUCUCACCCGGGGCCUAUUCCCCCUGCCGGACCUUAGACACAUCCGGCUCAAGUGCCAGCUUUUCCAGCGAUGCACCCCAACAAAAACCUCAUCACUGGAAAAAUGGUCCCGUCGAAGGAUGGUCCAACGAACAAGUCUGUCAAUGGCUCUACGGCAUCGGUUUGGAACAGUUAAUCAACAAAUUCAUCGAAAACCAAAUCCAUGGCGGCACCUUGCUCGAUCUAGAAAAAAAAGAUUUCAAAAUUCUCGACAUCCAUGGCGACGACAAGAAGUUACUCAAACGUAACAUCAAGGAAUUGCGUAAUUUGAACGAAAAGGACAAACGGAGACGCGAAAAAGAACUCAAGGAACAGGAAAAAAGUAAUCACGAAAGGGAAAAAUUACUGCGAAAAGCAGAAAAGAAGGCCAAAAAGUAGAUAAAAUCCCGAUUUUUUUACACACUCACGCGCGCGCGAGCGAAGAUAUCUAGAGUUACGACCUGUAGUGAAGUAUCUUCGAAAGAAAUUAAUGACACCAGAAUUCACACAACAUUUUUUUACGUAUUUUAUACAGUUCAUUAUUAAUAUUAAUAAUAUAAUCUUAAAUUAUAUGAGAGACAUGGUUCGUAGAAAUGUCCGUAAAAUUAUAUUAUGAAAUAUAAACAUAAAGUAUUUAGUAAAAAUAUAUUUUACAUCAAAAAAAUAUUGAAAAAAGUACGAGAAUAAGCAUUAGAACAAUUUAUUAAAAUAAAAUAAUGUCAAAAUAUGCCAAAAACUAGCAUUAGACAGCCUCUAUCUCUCUAGUACUACAAACAUAAAAUUAUAUCUCUUGCCCUCCUCCCCCACUAAAUAAUUGCAAAAACUUUUGAAAAAAGUUGAAUGAGCUCAAAACGUAGAAACAAAAAAAUCAAAACGCGUCGCGACAAGAAAAACAAUGCACAGCAUUUAAAAAUCGCUGAAUUAACAAGCAAAUAAUAUUUAAAACAAAUUGCAGCCAAAGUUAAACAAACAAACAUUAAUAUAUAACGUAAAAAAACUUUAUCUUAUUUAAAAAAAAUAUUAAAGCCACAUUUUAAAUAAUAAUUUCCUGUCGUAGAGUAAAAAAAUACAAAAUAGCGUAAAAAACUAUUAAAUUAAUAGUGAAAUUCUUAAAAAAAAAAUAAAUUAUUAAUUAUUAUCAUUAAUUGUGGUGAAUAAAUGUCAAGUGUUAGUAAUUAGAGACAUUUUAAUUUCUGUCAAGCACUUUUACGAUUUAUUUUGUCAACACACUUUUCAUUUUUGGAUGUUUUUAAAAAGGCAAAAAUGUGUGUUACUUACCAAAAAAUAUACAUAAAUAAAUAUGAGACUGAUAUUACAAACAAUUUUGAAUGUUAAUAUCAGACAUUUCUCUCUGUUAAAUGUGAAGAAAAUCCUAAAAACAUAAAAAUUGUCUACCUGUAAUGUUAAAAAAAAAUUAAGCUCUGCGCAAAAAAAAACUGAAACUAUUAAUCGUAUCCCUCCUCACACUCUAAAAAUGCUCACGUUAAAAAAAACUGUUACUAAAGUAUGGAAAAUGUUAGAAAAAUCCUUUUUUAGGAGCCGAUCUCCAAACAAAAAAAUAUCUUAAAAUUUUUACAAGUAUUUUUUAUAUAUAAUUAGAAGAAAAUAGCUAAAUUUUUGUACUUAACUCAUCGGCAACAGUCAAAUUUUUCACACACUUUACACGUAUUUAUUCUAAAAAAGCAUCGAAGACAUUUUUGAAUUUUUGUCCAACAUAGAAGUCACUUCCUUUUUUUUACAAAAAAUAAAAAAAAAAUAUUACUAUUUAAAUUAUUAAUUAUAAAAAUAAAUUAAAACUAUUAAUA